CCGGCAAUAUGGGGCUGGCACCCUACCCUUUGAGCCACAGGCACCACCCAAGAUCAUUGUUUUUUAAGCACCAAAGGAGACAAGAAAUCUCCAUCUUUCUCUGCUGCAACUCUUUCGUUGAAAGGAUUUAUGUAAAAUUUAGAUUCAGUCGGGCUCAGCGGCCAUGCUCAGUGGUUAGGGCACCGGCCACAUACACCAGGGUUGGUGGGUUCAAACCCAGCCAGGCCUGCUAAACAAAAAUGAGGACUACAACAAAAAAAUAUCCGGGCGUUGUGGUGGGCGCCUGUAGUCCCAGCUACUUGGGAGGCUGAGGCAAGAGAAUCGCCUGAGUCCAAGAGUUUGAGGUUGCUGUGAGCUGUGAUGCCACCGCACUCUAUGGAGGGCGACAUAACGAGACCCUGUCAUAAAUAAAUAAAUAAAUAGAAUUUAGAUUCAAUCAAAAGGCCACACUUAAGGACCAGAAAGGCCACAACUUUCGUUAAAGCCACAGGUUCACCUCUACCGGAUGAUCUACAAGCUCUAUUCUCAAUAAAAUAGAAAGAAUAAUCGAAGCCCAAACUGCGCAAAAAAAUCCCUUUGUCUUUGCUCGUUCUGGUUCAGAAUUUCCCAGUGCUCUCGAGGGGGGAAACGCAGGGACUACAGUUCCCGUGAGCACUCGGGCGCGCGCGGUGCCUCCCGGCCACAGGACUCCAUUUCCCAGCGCGCUUCGGGACGCCGCGCUGCCUCUUCUCCCUGAACGUCCGGAAUUCUGGCGCUGAGGUGGAAUCGCAGUAGCCGAGGCUGCAGAUAGAAAGACCCCAGACUGGGUUUCAGAGGGGUCUCAGGGGCAUCGGCUCAGCCAAAGGCACAGAGUUACACACACCCUACUUUUGCCGCUUCCAGCCCAUUCUUUGCAAUGCCCUUACGAACGAAGGCGCCUCCGUAGCCGAUGCUGAGUGGGCAGCGGAUCCUGCACCUGGUCUCCAUGGCUGGCCGCGUCUGUUUAUCCCGGGCCAGCGCGGAAUCCUGGACUGUCGGUCCGGUGGAGGCCGCCAUUCGUGCCAAAUUGAAACAGGCCCUGAGCCCCGAGGUGCUGGAGCUACGCAACGAGAGCGGCGGCCAUGCGGUCCCAUCCGGCAGCGAAACGCAUUUCCGCGUAGCAGUGGUGAGCUCUCGUUUCGAGGGACUGAGCCCCUUGCAACGGCACAGGCUGGUACACGCCGCCCUGUCCGAGGAGCUGGCUGGGCCAGUCCAUGCACUGGCCAUCCAGGCACGGACCCCUGCCCAGUGGAGGGAGAACCCUCAGCUGGACACUAGCCCUCCCUGCCUGGGUGGGAACAAGAAAACCCAAGGAGCUCCCUGAACCCAAGAGAGGGGAAGGGUCAGGAUCAAAUGAGCUAGGUGAGAAUGAACUGAGGCCUUCCCCUCAAUACCGUCCGGGACUUGUAAGGGGCAAGGAUCCUGGGGCUCCACUGCAUUAAAGUCCAUAUAUAUUCUCCAGAGAGCAACUAGCUUCAGGUCAAAGCUAAACCAAGGAAAGAGCAGAGUCACUCAUACUGCUCUUGCCCAGUUGUUCCAUGUUAAAUUGUGACUAAGGAGCUGCAUCAGAACUGACGAAUUAUAAAUCAUUUGUAUAUUAAAAGAGAAAUUACAAUAUGAAUUGCAUUGCUUUUUUUUUUAAUUAAAUCAUAGCUGUGUACACCAAUGCAAUCAUGGGGUACGAUGUCCUGGUUUUAUAUACAAUUUGAAAUAUUUGCAUCAAACUGGUUAACAUAGCCUUCAUGGCAUUUUCUUAGUUAAUUGUGUUAAGACAUUUAUAUUCUACAUUUAGUAAAUUUCACAUGUACCCUUGUAAGAUGCACCGUAGGUGUGGUCCCACCGGUUACCCUCCAUCCAUCCUCCCCCCUCCCUUCCCCUCUCUCUCUUCCCUGUAUUCUUGGGCUAUAAUUGGGUUAUGGCUUUAUGAAAGCUAUAAAUUGGUUUCAUAGUAGGCUGAAUACGUUGGAUACUUUAUUUUCCAUUCUUGAGAUACUUUGCUCAGAAGAAUAUGUUCCAGCUCCAUCCAUAUUAACAUGAAAGAGGUAAAGUCUCCAUCUUUCUUUAAAUUGCUGUGUUCUUAAUAGACUGCUUAAUCAGUGUUACAGGUGUUCUUGUGAGAAGAAAGAUAUCUAUAUAUUAGAGUAGUCAAAAAAGGCUUCAUGGGGGAAGUGACCUAUUUAGACCUAUUUAAAGGAAAGCACAGAAUUAAUCAGAAGAUAGGGGUUGCAGAUAAGGGAAGAACCUCAGUAAAGUUACUGUGCGAGGCAGGAGUUAUAGGCAGGGACACAUUUGAAUUUCAUAUUGGAGGAACGUUUGACUUAACAAUUUCCAAAAAGUAGUACUUGUAUUUGUUUAUGAGAAAUACUUUUUUUUUUUUUUUUGAGACAGAGUCUCACUUUGUUGCCCUCGGUAGAGUGCCAUCACAUCAGAGCUCACAGCAACCUCAAACUCUUGGGCUUAAGCAAUUCUCUUGCCUCAGCCUCCCAAGUAGCUGGGGCUACAGGCACCCGCCACAACGCCCAGCUAUUUUUGUUGUUGUUGCCAUUGUUUUAGUUGGCCCAGGCCGGGUUUGAAUGUGCCAGCUCCCGUGUGUGUGGCUGGCACCCUACCCACUGAGCUAUGGACACUUCAGAAAAAUACCUUUUUAAGCAGUGAAAAGAGAAUAACCUAGCAAAAGAUUACAGAAGAUGGAGACAUUUUUAUAUAGCCUUCCAAAUGUAUUUUUGAGUGGAGCUCAAGUAAUGCUACAUAAGCAGCUUUCCAAUAAUCUCAGUAUGGAAAUUAUUAGAGAAAAGGUUUGGUUAGCAUGUAUCUUGACCAUUUUGGGCUAAAUAGUUUAGAAUGCAUCUAGUUGGCAGCAGGAAAUCAGUGAAGAAUUUUGAGUGAGGGCAUGCCAAAGAGCCUUCGAACAGACUGAUCUGACAGUGAUGUGUGAGUGAGCUGGCUGAUGUGAGAUUGGAGGCACAGAAAUCAAGAGUUGAGGUGGAACACUGACUUAGAGGUCAGUUGUGGGAAUGGAAAGAAAGGACUUGAUUUGAGAGCUACCAUUCAAAAAAAAAAAAAUGACUUAAUUAGAACAGAAAUGGACUAGAAUGAGAGGGAAGUCAAGGAUAACCCCCAGGUGGUAGUUUUCAGAUUUCCUCAUGGGUAAAAAGUCCUAAGGGAGCUUGUUAAAAAUGUACAUUUAAGA